AUGGAAGGGGGCAAGACCGAAGAUGUCCGGGGUAUUCUACGACUUAAUGUGCGAGGAUGCUUAUACACUGCCAGGCGCGAGUCUUUAUGCCGCUUCAAGGAUUCAAUGCUAGCUUCCAUGUUUAGUGGACGCUUUCCUCUAAAAGUCGAUGAAUCAGGAGCAUGUCUGAUUGAUCGAGAUGGAAACCUGUUUAAGUAUCUUUUGGAUUAUCUUCAUGGAGAAGUUCAGAUUCCUGGAGAUGAACAAACUCGAAUUGCACUGCAGGAGGAAGCAGAUUACUUUGGCAUCCCUUAUCCAUACAGUCUGUCUGACCAUUUGGCCAAUGAAAUGGAGACGUAUUCUUUAAGGUCAAAUAUAGAGCUUAAAAAGGCUUUGUUAGAUUUCUGUGAUUCAUAUGAUUUAGUUUGUACCAAGCCUACAGUUUGGGUCCUGCACUAUCUCAACACCUCUGGAGCAAGCUGUGAAAGUAAAAUUAUUGGUGUGUAUGCGACAAGAGCUGAUGGGACUGACGCAAUUAAUAAGGAGCUAGGAACAAAAAUUCAUAGUAGAAGCAUUUACAAAAGAGAAGCUGGAAACAACGUCCAGUACAUCUGGAGCUAUUACUCAGCAGCGGAGUUGAAAAAGAUGAUGGAUGCUUUCAAUGCCUGGAAAGGGAAAGGUGUCAGCUACUGGAGAGUGCCUCAGGAGCUGAUUGAAUGCUGGACUCUGGAAGAACGCCCCUUGAAAGGCAGUUUGCAUCACAUGCCUCCCGUUCGCAAAAGGCGAUUAACCGACUUUACUGAAGAGGAGGACUAUUUGCCGUGUAAAGCGGGUCCCAAGCCAAUUAGAUUCUCGGGUCCCUCAACAAGUACCCAUAUCAGAGUAAAGAAUUCAGCUUCGUUAAAGGUAGCUGCUUGCAGUGCUCCACGUUCUGCAGUGACUCUUAAACAGCCCAACAGUGAAAGUCUGACGGCGCAGAAAGUAGCUUCUGAAACUGUACCCACAGCAUACACAUCGGCACCCAGCAAUCCCCAGGCGCCCCGCAGAAGGCAGAGCGCUGACGAAGGGACUCCAUGUCAAACGACGCGCGAGACGGCAGCGUCUAGGAAGCCCGUAAGCAACCGUGUAGUAAAGCUGAAGCGAACGCCACUUUUUCUCGUGAUACCUCAGCCAUCUUCUUCUGCAUCCAGUAACACAAGUGAACAGGACAGCGCUGCUGCUGAAAUUCCUGCUACUCCUACGGUACUAAGCAACGAAGGACCAGCUGUAUUAGCAGAGAGUAUUAAGGAUGAUAAAGUGGACUGA